AUGACUUUCCCUCCUGCUCCUGCGCCCAAUGUCGAAUGGACCAAAUUAGGUCUGGCCGUGACCGACAUGGUCAACGGCCACAUCGAAUCCACCUACACCGCUGAAACAGGGGAAUGGAGCAGCCCUAAGUUCAUCGCCAACCCCUACCUGCGCGUCCAUGGUCUGGCACCCGGCCUGAACUACGGUCAGCAAGUGUACGAAGGUCUCAAAGCCUACCGCACGCCCGCCGGCGCAAUCCAGAUCUUCCGUCCGCACUUCCACGCAACCCGCAUGCAACACUCCGCAUCCAUAGUCUCCAUCCCCCCCGUCCCCAUUGAAUUAUUCCUCGAAUCCGUGAACGCCGCCGUGGCACAGAACGCAGAAUGGGUGCCCCCGCAUUCCACCGGAGCCGCGCUGUACAUCCGUCCGGUGGUGUUCGGCUCCAGCGGGCAUUUCGCCCUCACGCCUCCUUCUGAGUACACCUUCUGCGUGUACGUGCAGCCCUUCGGCACGUACCACGGCAUCGCACCGUUGCCGGCCCUCGUGCUGGAGGAGUUUGACCGGGCGGCGCCGAAGGGCACGGGGCAUGCCAAGAUUGGGGGCAAUUAUGCCCCGGUUAUGAAGUGGUCGGGGCAGGCGUUGAAGGAGGGGUAUCCGAUUACCUUGCAUCUGGAUAGUAAGACGGGGACGCAGAUCGAUGAGUUCUCAACUUCGGGGUUCCUCGGAGUGCGUAUUGAUCGGGAAGAAGGUAAACCGGAUCAGGUUGUGUUGCUGGUGCCCAAGAGUGAGAAUAUCAUUAAAAGCGUGACGUCAGAUAGUGUGAUGGAGAUUGGGAAGAAGUUGGGGUAUCGGGUAGAGCAUCGCUCGGUGAGUUUCUUGUCUCUUUUUUUUUCUCUCUUUGAUUGA